AUGCGAGAAGAGUUCAGCACUCUCUUCCCUCUGUGUAAAAACGAACUAGCACUAUCAACUAGGCCAGGAGCGGAAGCGAGAGAAAAACGCACUUUGCAAGAAAAGCUCGCUUUCGCCGGGAUUCGAACCCCUGACCUGACCUCCAGAAGGUUUCGAAGUUGCCAACUAGGCCACCGGGGCGGCCGGUCCAAAAAGUUGUGCUUCAUACACGUACGGAGAAUCGAACUCCGGGCGUAUCCGUGGGAGGCCGAUGUUCCCAAGAUGACGGCGACGGAGGGGCCGGGGGGGCACGAGACACGGGACAGAGAAAGUGAUGCCGAUUCUUGGCACACUGUCGCUGUUUCCCGCGGCGGGUUCUUUGCCUCCAUAGCAACGGCCGCUCUCGGAACCUCCGCCGCCGCGCUGGGGUUGGUGCUCGCUUCGCCGGAGAGCGCCAGCGCGAACGGCAUGCUCGACUUCCCUCCCGCAAGCCCCGAUUAA